AUGCUCUCCAACACGCUCUUCAUACGCUUUAUAUCACGCCCUCCAUCGCGCUCCCCACCAUGCUCACGCUCUCCACCAUAUUCAGCCCAUUGGUCAUCAUCUCACCAUUCAUACAGAGGACGUUCGUUUGAAAGAAGUUAUCGAUCGCAACAUAGUCGUCCGGAAUAUGAACAGUUGUCCACUAGCCGUGCUCACUAUGCAAUUAUAGCAGCCGUUCGAAUGAAAGGAAUAACUACCCCUUACCAUCACAGUAUCCUCCGUUGA